AUGGCCAUAGGGUGGCCUAUGUUCACCCUUGCUCCGUAUCUCUUCACCAGCCGGCAUGCAAUUAUAUCUUUGCAAAGAAAAAUUAUCCAAUUAUAUCGUGAAAAGCCACGUGAGAGCCAAAUAACGCGUAAACAAGGCGCGCAGCCUCGACCAAGCGCACAACAUUCCACCUCUCCAUGUUCCAGCCUCUCGCAACCGCUCGAGCGUACCCAUAGAAUGCCAAACAGCACGCCAAAUAUAUUAGGGUGUGAUGUGAACGAGAUUGCCUACAAGGUGGGCAUUCUGAAUGUUGACCAAGAAGAAACAUCCAGUACGCCCGAUGAGACCGCAUAUAUGCACGUUGCUCAAACUCCAGCUACGUAUGAGCUCUCAGAAACAAUGUUGAAUCACGCGCAAGGCGAAGAUGGAGUGCGGAAAGCCCCUGCAGCGUCUUCUUUUCUAAACUCCCAAGAAGCCUCGGGGAACGUACUCUGCAAGCCAACCAGAGCAAAUGAGAAAAGCGCAUAUAUCCUACAAGAAUCUACAAAAGGUAACCCCACAAGGGGAAGCGUUAGUACAUGUCAGAUCACGCUAACUACAGUGCUCGAAGAUCUCACCUGCGGCGCAUACAGCGAGCCCCACGAGCCUCUGGAGGGGUCGAAUGAUAGAGAUAGAACACCAUGUCAAUCUUCAUCAUCAUCAACGGUCCCCACUCCAGAUCGCGCUCUUAGCCCUGCAUCAACGGCGGGAACACAUUCACCUCACAAGUCGGCCAAUGGCGCGCCCAUUCCACCACCGAAACACGAGAGCGGGACCAGCCUCCCAAGCGUCAAGUCUAAAACCUUAUCAGAUUUAUUCCCUCACACUAGCGAGGAAGAGUCCUCGGUCGCUGAGUUUCCAUCCACCACAGACUCAUCUGGCCCUUCUCGAUGCUUGGAACUGCCAGCGGCUCAGGGCACGUAUAUCAAGCCUUCCAUUGAACACGCCGUGUACGAUGCUCCGGAAGACGGGGUUGAUACAACGAGCACGUAUACCUCCAGCACUCAGGAGAACAGGUCGUCUCAGACAGAUCCCAAUAUCAGCUCACUAUUGUAUAUGCUCCCAGCAGCAGCGACUCAGCCUAUCGCCGCCGCGGGUCUACAUCCCUGUCCCGUUUCGGACGGACCUGCUUCAUCUUUAAUCGAAAGCUUGCUCCUGUUCGAUGAAGCUAUCCCAGAGACCCUCGCUGUGCCUCUUGUGCCUACUGUUAACCUGGACCUUGGGGACUCUUCAACUCUUAAGGACGGCUCUAUUCUUAGAGACUUCGCCGUGCCCACUGGACGUCUUGGAAGUCUCGACGAUAGACCUGCUGCAUUUGCGCCUCCGGCUGUUGAAGCUGGUCUUCCAGCUACUUCCACUUUAAUAACUCCUCUCUGCGGCAGACCUACGUUCUCUCAUGCUGUCCACCCCAAUUCCGCGCGUCAGUCUGUCGAUUCCUGCUCCACCGCAUCCCCAGCCUCUUCAGCUGUUACGGCGGCCACCUUUGUGCCUGCUAAUCGCCCUGGAUCACCGUCCGUCUUAGAUCUUUCCCUUUUGUCUGACCUCGGCCCCUCGACGGCUGCUCCCGCUACUGCGAUCUUGUCUGGCACUGAUCUCGUUUGCUCUCAACGCUCUGCCGCAAAAUCUGGUCCUCACCUUAUAGAUUCUGGCUGCGGAACGGCUGCUCCCUCGCCCUCACUUCCUACUUCCGUUAUGAAUCCUGCAUUGUCUUUACCCGGUGUUCACUACGACUUAGGUACUAUCACAGCCACCACUGACGCUACUCCAAGCGACUUGACCGACACUCCCGGCGACAUGAGCGCAACGUCUCCAUAUCUGUCUGACAGCCUGUCUGAACCUGCUGAUACUGGCGCUAACCCGCACAUCCUCGUUUCAGAACUCGAGGACAUCUUCCCGGUCAUAGUCCCACCGGACGAGCGGACGAAGGCUGUCAUCAAGGCUGCCGUUGCCGACUUUUCUUCCCGGGACGCCGAUGACCUUGCGUCGCCCGGUUUGCCACCUUCGAGCCCACCAUGCAGCCAAGUAUCUGACUUCCAUCUCCCGCCCUCGCAGCAUGGAUGCCGCGGCGGCACCUCGAGCGUAUUCUCGCUCGCAAAUGGAAAAGACCACGAGAAGGGUAAUAGCGAAGCUGACAUGGACAUCUAUCUCUCCCAACCGAGCUCGUCCCCUCCGGGCCAGGUCUUUUCAUCAUCUCCCCCAUUGGCUCUUAACUCGCCACCGACGUCUCCUCAACUCUUGCCGCAGGGCAGUGGCAAGGACAGGAUAAGCGACGCUGAGUUGGACUUGGAGAGUUGUUUACCCGAUGUCGAGCCAAAGGACAUGCCAAAGAAACGAGUGGCGACAGACGACUUAGCCGAUGAGUUACCGGAGCUCAAGCACGCGAGAACGACAAGUUAUUCGCCACCUCCGCCACCGAACCCGAAGCGCCACACGCCGCUGGGUCAGAAGAGGGCGUAUAAGAAACUCAUCCAGCCUUUCCGUUCUCCACUCGUCAACAUCGAAGACGUACUCGCUGGCAAGGACCACGUAUACACGAGCGGGCGUGCCCACCCUAUAAACAAGCCUGCGGCGAAGGCUGAGCCACAAGACGAUCCUGGGCUCGAAACUAUGAGCGGUGGCGAGAUUGUCGACCGCGCGCCUAGCCAGCCUAGCCAGUUCAUCGCGACGAAGGACCGCACAGCCAAUGCAGGCAAGCCCUUCAAAGCUCUUGUUAUCCAGCCUAAUGCUGCGGCGGUCUCACCGGGAACGAAGACCGGUUCCACUCUUCAAGCCUUGCAGGCCCGCGUGCAGAAGCUCAAGCAAGCAAUCAAGAUCAAGCACGACCGCGAGAAGUCGGGCGAUGGGCACAACCUCGAGGCGCUCGUGAGCAAAUGGCGGUCGGUCGGUCGGGAAGUUGCCUGGCUCGUGUGGGAUACCGUGAAGGACCUCGAUCCUGGGGAUAGCUUAAAGGUCGCCGUGCCCGUUAGAGGUGAAUGGGACGGCGAUGAGGUGCUUCCGACGAAGAAGAGAGGCCAUGGUUCUGCUAACGAUGGAUUUAAGGAUGGGUGGGGAUGGGACGGCGGGAAGGGCGGGAAGCAUGAUGGAUUUGAUAGUAACUGGGGAUGGGAUGACAGGAAAGACGGCGAGAUUGUGAGCGGGACUGAGGAGCGUGCCACGGAAGACGAAAGGACGGGCAUGGGCGAGGAGAAUGUGCCAACCAUGAACCACUCUUUGGGCACAAUGCUCAGGCACCUCGGGAUCGACCCGGAGACCUUGGGAUGGGACGAAGAUGAAGGCGACUUUGUCAGUGAGCCUUGACGUGAUAGAAC